UGCACGGUGGGCUGGCCUUAGGCCAUAACUCAAAAAAAUGCAUGUUGUAUUUUUUGGUUUCCAAUGACUGAAUAUUAUUAGCUAAUAAGUGUACUUUUAUCAGGUAUAAAUAGAUCCCGCAUAACUAAUUACUUUCAUUCUCUAACAAUCCUUGAAAGUUAACGCAACUCCCGUUUGUACGCGCUCUCUUAUCAAAGGCUCAUUAAGUGAACGUCAUUAGUAGUGAAUUCCUGAGGCAAUAGUGAUUUUAGUGAUUAUUAUUAAUAUGGAGCUUAAAGAAUCAGAUGACAUGUACAUCGCAUCAUUUACAAGAGGAUUUAUAUUCGAACAAUGGCUACCUACGAGUGGUUCAGAUAUUGAAAGACGUCGUCAAGUGGUGCAAUAUUUAAUACAAAUGGUACCAAAUGCAGAAAAUGUGGAUACAAGUAAUUUGAAUAACGUCGUCACGUAUAUUUGCAAUCGAAUCCUGGUUUUUUGGAAAUCUUCUGGGAGAAAUACCACCGGCAUACAGCAGAGCCUUAUCGAAAGGUGCGGAACCAUUUUGGAAUGUAUAUCGUCUGGAUACAAAAUAAAUGUACAAAAAUUUCAGGAAUAUGCCGUAGAAAGUGCAGAACAACUUUUGAAUGCCUACAAAUGGUAUCCUUUGCCUGCAUCCGUCCAUAAAGUACUUUUGCAUGGUGCAAUUAUAAUAGAAAAUGCUCUGGUACCUAUUGGUGAACUUUCCGAAGAAGCUGCAGAAUCAAACAAUAAAAAUAUAAAGUUCUUUCGGCGUAACCAUACAAGAAAAAUGUCUCGAGAUGUCACCAACUCAGACCUUAUUCAUAGGUUACUUCUGAACUCCGACCCAGUCAUCAGUUCCAGUAGGAGAUUACCUCGAAAAAAGAAUCAACACUCUCCUUAGAAGCAUUAAGUUUGUUAGAUUGUAAAGAAUAGCGUAGAUUUGACUUUUACUUAUACAAUUUUACUUUUUGUUUUCCUUUAUUAAUUUUCUGUGGUAGGCUAGAAAAAUAUUGUUUUUAUUACUAUUUUAUUUACAAGAUUUAUUUAACUUUUACAUAUAUUUGUUCUUUAGUAUAUAUUAUACGAAAUAAAAGUUUUUUUUACUUAUUUUCUGUUAAUAAAUAG